UUCUAUCUUUCGAUUAUAAGUAUAUGACCGCAGCGCUACCAAGCAGGAUUUGGACUUUUCAAUAUAUAUAUAAUUAGUACUACGUCGAUUAAGCUAUUUCACUAUAAUCGCUAUUACGUUGCAAUUAGCAAUAAGCAACACAAAACAAGUAAACGCAUAUGUUAGCUUUAAAUUAAUAAUAAUACUUAUAGUGCUGUGCAUUCCACAGGUGCAAGCAAGUUUAAGAGCUACAUUAAGAAUAUAUUUUUUGUUAUUGCUCUAGCCUCAUUUGUGCUUUCCAUAAUUUUAACUUUUUCACUGUUCUGAUUCAUCUUGCUCUUAUUGAAUUCUGGUUGUCUAUAUUAAGAUACGUAUGGUUUAAACACUCAACAAAAACAUUCUAUAUUCAUAUAUAUUUGCAUAAAUCAAUUGUAGAAAUAAAAAGCGAGAUGAAAAUGGCCGAAGGAUCCCCAGUUAUAAGAAGAACUAGACCUGGUACAAAAGCUAAGGAUUUUAAUAGGUGGCCAGAUGAACCUUUUGAAGAAAUGGAUAGCACAUUAGCUGUUCAACAGUACAUUCAACAAACUAUCCGAAGAGAUCCAGCAAACAUUGAUCUGAUACUGACUAUGCCAGAAUCACAAGAUGAAGGUGUUUGGAAAUACGAACAUCUUCGACAAUUUUGCAUGGAAUUAAAUGGAUUGGCUGUGCGGCUACAAGAGGAGUGUCAUCCUGAAACAUGCACACAAAUGACAGCUACAGAACAAUGGAUAUUUUUGUGUGCGGCACACAAAACACCAAAAGAAUGUCCUGCUAUUGAUUACACCAGGCAUACAUUAGAUGGAGCUGCAUGUUUAUUAAAUAGUAACAAAUACUUUCCCAGCAGAGUAAGUAUAAAAGAAUCAUCCGUAGCUAAACUUGGUUCAGUUUGUCGCAGAGUUUACAGAAUUUUUUCCCAUGCCUACUUUCACCAUAGAACAAUAUUUGACGAAUUUGAAAAUGAAACUUAUUUAUGUCGUCGGUUCACUGCAUUUGUAACUAAAUAUAAUUUGAUGUCGAGAGAUAAUUUGAUUGUGCCUAUUAUGGAAGGAGAUGCUAAUACAGAGAAUGAAGCAUAACUAAAUCGAUCUAAUAUUAAUAAUGUAACUUUAGACUGCUAUAUGUGUGUGCGCGAGUAUCAAAUGCAGUCCAAUAUUCCAAUAGAACUAUAAAAUCUUAUCUUAUAUAACUAUAAAAUAUUUAAGUAAACACUCAAUGGUGCAAAAGUAAUUAUAAUAUUUUUGCCAAUAUGAUUAAUUUUAAGAAAAAAUAAUAAUGUACACAUUCAGUUUUCAACAGUUUUUUUUUGUUUUAUCUAUUAUUAAGUUAUUUGUAACUAAUACACUAUAUAUUUAUUUAUCAUUGAUUUUAGAGUAAAUAAAAAGUCUGAAUAUAUUUUCC